CCAGCGCUCCGCUCCGCCUUAGUGCACUCCCGGCAACCCUUUGGGGCGGACACCAGGUCCUCCCUACCGCAGACUACAUUUCCCACAGGCCUCUGCACAUAGUUUUGUAAGGGCUUUGUUGCUGGUGUCGCCUCCAGAGAUCUGGUUUAUAUGGACUUGGCAGUUUUCCAGCAGAAAUCUUGAGAAGCACUAACCAGUUCAAAACCAUGGCCUUUGGUUCAGUGACAUUCAGGGAUGUGGCCAUAGACUUCUCACCGGAAGAAUGGGAAUUCCUGGACUCAGCUCAGAGGGACUUAUAUAGGGAUGUGAUGUGGGAAAAUUAUAGAAACUUCAUUUCACUGGCAGGACAUUCCAUUUCUGCACCAGAUGUGAUUACAUUAUUGGAUGAUGGGAAGGAGCCCUGGAUGCUUAUGAGGGAAAGGAUAAGAAGACACUACCUUGAUUUGGAAUCCAGAUACAGGACUAAUACGUUAUCUUCAGAAAAGGAUAUUUGUGAAAUAUAUUCAUUCCAAUUGGAAGUAAUGGAAAAAAUUAAAAGCUAUUGCCUUCAGGACUCCAUUUUUAGAAAUGAUUGGGAAUUCAAAAGUAAGAUUGAAGGGCAAAUGGAACCACAAGAAGGAUGUUUGGGGCAAGUGGAAAUUACUUCUGAAAAAAUGACCACAUACAAAAAGCAUAACUUUCUCGCUGAAUAUCAGCGAGUUCAUAAUAGGGAAAAGUUAUAUGAAUGUAAGGAAUGUAGGAAGACCUUUAUUCGUCGCUCAACACUUAGUCAACACCUGAGAAUUCAUACUGGUGAGAAACCUUAUAAAUGUAAGGAAUGUGGGCAGGCUUUUAGACAACGUGCACACCUUAUUCGACAUCACAAACUGCAUACUGGUGAGAAACCCUAUCAAUGUAAGGAAUGUGGGAAGGCCUUUACAGUGCUCCAAGAACUUACUCAACAUCAGAGACUCCAUACUGGUGAAAAGCCCUAUGAAUGUAAAGAAUGUGGAAAGGCCUUUAGAGUACAUCAGCAACUUGCUCGACAUCAGAGAAUUCACACUGGUGAGAAACCCUAUGAAUGUAAGGAAUGUAGUAAACCCUUUAGACUGCUCUCACAACUUACUCAACAUCAGCGUUUUCAUACUGGUGAGAAACCCUAUGAAUGUAAGGAAUGUGGGAAGGCCUUUACAGUGCUCCAAGAACUUACUCAACAUCAGAGUAUUCAUACUGGUGAGAAACCCUAUGAAUGUAAGGAAUGUGGGAAGGCCUUUACAGUGCUCCAAGAACUUACUCAACAUCAGAGUAUUCAUACUGGUGAGAAACCUUAUGAAUGUAAGGAGUGUGGUAAGGCUUUUAGACUUUAUUCAUUUCUUACUCAACAUCAGAGAAUUCAUACAGGUGAGAAACCCUACAAAUGUAAGGAAUGUAAGAAGGCCUUUAGACAGCAUUCACACCUUACUCAACAUCAGAAAAUUCAUAAUGAAAUUUAGUACAAGAAAGCCUUGAUGUGUACAUUAUGUUACAGAAUAUCACAAAAUUCAUUUUGAGAAUUGUUUUCAUGCUCACAUCAAAGCAUAAGAAAUUUUAUAUGACAGGAAAAAUUUUGCUUUAAAAGCCUUCCUUUACCAUUCAAACAUUGCCUCUGGCAAAUGUAUGUCAGAGAAUAAUACAAUUAAUAUAAGAAAAGCUUUAGCUUUCUUUAUCAUUGUCUCCAUUUCACCACUUUAUUCCCACUUUGUUACUGGACAAGGUACUUAAACUUCUGUGACUCAUCUUGUUCACUUGUAAAAUGGUGAUAAUAUGUAUAUUAUUUAUUGCUGUAUAAUAAAUUACCACAACUUAAUUAAUAGCUUAAAAUAAUACAUAUAUAUUAUUUCACAAUUUCUAUGGAUUGGGAGUCUGGGUAUAACUUAGUUGGGUCUUCCGCUUCAGAAUUUCUCAUGAGGCUAAAAUCAAGAUUUUAGCUAAGGCUGGGUCUGAUCUGAAGGUUCAACUGGGAAAGGGAUCUACUUCCAACCUCAUAUGGUUGUUGGCUGAAUUUAUUUUCUUGAGGGCUACUGCACUGAGGUCCUAAGUUUCUGACUGUUGGCAAAAGGGAGACCCCAGUGCCUUGCCACAUAGACGUCUUCAACAUGGCUGCUUCAUCAACAAAUAGUCUGCUAGAAUCAUAAAAUUUAUAAUCUUGUGUAGUCUAAUCACUGAAGGAAUAUUUCAUCACUUUAUGUCUUCUACUGGCUAGAAACAAAUUUCUAGGUUACCUACACUCAAGGGAAGAGGAUUCCAUAAGAGUGU